UGUAGAGAGGGAAAGAAGAAUUCGUAGGUACCGGUACACAUAACGUACACUAAUGAUGUACUGUACACGAGUUGAUAAACUCGACGUCAGUCCAACCAGCAUGAGUGGCAAGGCCAGUGCGUCAGUGCAGGCGGCCUUCGAGCUCUUCGACGACGACAGUAGCGACGAGGAGACGACGACACCGCUUGUGACACCUCAUGAGGUCGUGCAUAUCGUUCCUACGGCUUCUACUCCUUCUCCUGCUGCGAAGGAAGAGCAGAAAUCUACCACUGAAGUCACGCGUAGUCUGUACGAACCUUGGGACGACGUUAAACCGCUGGCGGUGGGCCCUAUCGACUUGGUGACGAGCUUCAACAGCGUCGGAGGGUCUCGAGGUUAUGUGGCCACGAGAGAUUUAAAACCGGGAACGCAGGUUCUGGUUGAGCAGGUGUAUGUACCAUGGCCGAGUGAUGUGGAGACGUCCGACCCUGAGUUCUUCUUGGCCACGAUGGAAUCAGUGCUAUCGCGACCAGACUAUGCUGAAAUCAUGGAGCAUUUGAGCCAUCUAUACCCUGAGAAGCUCAGUGAAUUGCCCGAGGGGCUGCUCUCUGCAGGCCGAGAGAAGUACGGCCCCCAGGUGGACGAGCUGAGCAAGAACUUCAGCGAACUAGCACUAUCACACGACCAGGUGCUACAGAACGUGUUUGCUAUGCAAUGCAAUGCCUUUGACAGUGGCGUGUUUUUGUAUAACGCCAUGUUUAACCACGACUGCAACCCGAACUGCGUCAAGUUUACGCCAGAAGGUGCUGGUCCCGAAGGUGGAGUGUCCGAGGUGCGGGUCGCGCGACCUAUCGCCAAGGGCGAACAGCUGACGAUCUCGUACUUGUAUCCACGUGAGCAGAGUCGUGAGAACAGACAGAAGAAUUUAUGGGAGCAGUUCGGAUUCAAGUGCUGCUGUGAGCUUUGCAAGCGAGGCGACAGUGUGCUACAUCCGCUUCCGAGUGCAACGGAAGACAAUGACGGCACAAAGCCUGGUAUGCCGGACUUGGAGAAGGUGCUGGUUGGAGCAGAAGAGAUUAUCAAGACAAACCCCGAAAGUGCUGCUGAUGCGCUGUCCGUGGCAUUGGAGACGCUAUCAGAUGCACUGGAGAUCGUGGCGCACGACCACUUGGUAUUUAUGCGUAUCCACAAACUGGUAGCAGACUCAUGCGACUUACUGCUGCGUGGUAAGACUGAGCGUGUAUGCGAGUACUCGAUCCUGUUCCUGCGUAGCAGUUAUGAGCUGCUCGAACUGCAGCGAACGUACCUGAACCCGGAUCAUAUCGAUCUCGCUCGUACGCUGAACGACGUUAGUCAGGGCAUCCAGUUGCUGCUUUCCUACGACCCGGAGGUGCUGCUCACGGAGUUUCCUGAGUGGAAAAACUUCCGCCAAGCCUCUGUCGUUGAGAACCAGUAUCGCCAGGAGUAUAGACGACUAAAGCGGAUGUACGAAUAGAGGUGUCAUUGCGCUUGUUAGUGUCGGGUGUACAGAGCAAUCACAAGUAGAAAUCCGAUCUUGUUAUCUGUGCUGGUCUCAGGCUCGCUUCGUUAGCGUUGCGCAGGUGACACUAGCGGGUGCUUUUAAUGCUGCUUUUGAGUCUACAGGUAAAUUGCAGAGCCUUAACUUUGUCCGAGAAAAAGAGCGUGCCCUCUUACAGAUGAAGCUUGCUCAAUUGCACGUUCAAACUUCCCAGCUUCCAUAGGACAACGCGACCGUCAAGAGCUUCAGUAAACAUCAUCAGCAUAAUAAUUAGCAUAUCGCAAAACAUAGAAUUCAUCAGC